AUGCCUAAAGAUUGUGGUCUGAGGACAUCUUCUGAGCCCGGCUACAUUGUUGGCCAACUCACGCUCUGGUGCCUUCCCGUCUCUCUGAGCUUAAUCCCAGAGGCUGGACAGGGUUUGAAAAGCCAUCUGGGUCAUUCCCCUGCUCAUUUUGAAUUGAGAAGAGGCAAUCCAGUUCUGAGUCUUCCCUCAACUUCCUUUCUUAAUUCUCAACCAAAAGUGUUAGUCGCUCAGUCAUGUCCAAUUCUUUGUGACCCCGUGGACUGUAGCUCACCAGGCUUCUCUGUCCAUGGAAUUCCCGAGGCAAGAAAACUGGAGUGA